UCCACACAAGCUGUGAGUGAAGCACUGAUCAGUACAGCCAGAACAUCCUCAACACAUAACCCAGCACAGGCCAGACUCGAGACAAGACAAGACGAGAGGACAGGACAGGAGAGGCCAGAAGAAAAACACAGAAGGGGAGACAAGAGGAGAGGGGAGAAUAAGAGAGGAGUGGAGAGGAGAGAAGAGGAGAGAAUAAGAGAGGAGUGGAGAGGAGAGAAGAGGAGAGAAGAGGAGUGGAGAGAAGAGGAGAGGAGAGGAGAGAAGAGAAGUGAAGGAAAAACAGUGCAGGAAUGGCAGACUGUUUUCAAUCGGUUGGGGGUGUGAGUCCUCAUCAGACAGAGCGGCAGGGGGAGGAGCCCCAAGUGUCCCCCAAAACCAGUCAGCCACUCUGGGCGGAGUCACACUUCCCUCACUCCGCCCACGACAACCGCUCCUCUCUACUUAGCAGCAUCCAUGUGUUUGACGGGGGUCUGGGCCGUAGGAAGUAUGUCGGCGACCGUCGACAGCAGAACUCUCAUUUCUGCUUGUGUCACAUGAACAUUCCCGGACCAGCAGCUGAGGUCACCUCCACCUACCAGACUAACUUCCUGUCCAAACAGGAAGUGGAGGCCACCCGAAGCCGGCGCUUUCCCAGAAGCCACCAGGAGCGCAGCAGUGUGGCAUCCAAUCAGCUACAGCAGCAGGACCCCUUCCUCUGGUUCAGUCGCCACGACGCCCCACACACACACACACCACUGCACGUGCUCGCUGCCAUCAACAAUCCCUUAAUGUCUCACACAGACACUAACACACACACACACACACACACACACACACACCACUGAACAUGCUCGCUGUCUUCAAUAAUACCUCAAUGUCCCAGAUGCACUGCACCCAUCACAAUGAACACUAGAACCAUCAUCAUCACCACCACCAUCAUCAUCAUCACUCCAGUUCUGUGCCAACUCAAGAACUUCAGACCAGACAGGAAUCUUUGAUUCCAUGUUCAUCAUCAUUUAAUCAUUAUCAUUCCAAAUGCCAUAAACUUUAUAUCACCUUCA